UUAUAGGCGCGCGUCCCGGGGGCGGGAGUCAGCUGAGCUACUCGGGCGAGGUUGCGAUCACCUGGAAUCGGCAAAAGGGAGUCGGUCUGAUCUCUUGGGGGCGGGAGUUGGGUGCAGGACUGCGCCAGAAUCAAGGGGUCAUGCUCCCCAGUCUGCUCGCUCUAUAAGGCGAGAGCGAGAAGAUCCUCAGGAUUUUAAAGAGGAGGAGGAGGAGGCAGCGGAUUGCCAGGAUCUGUCAGAUCCCUGCCGAGGCUGUGGAGUCGCAGCUUCCAGUCCGGGGAGACGGGGAUCCCUGGGGGAAGCCUUGUUGUAAUCCCUGGGCCCGAGACAGAAGACCCAGAGGCCGGGCACCAUGGCGUCUAUCCUGGAUGAAUACGAGGACUCCCUGUCGCGCUCGGCGGUCUUGCAGCCCGGCUGCCCUAGCGUGGGCAUCCCUCACUCGGGGUAUGUGAAUGCCCAGCUAGAGAAGGAAGUGCCCAUCUUCACGAAGCAGCGCAUUGACUUUACCCCUUCCGAGCGUAUCACCAGUCUUGUCGUCUCCUGCAAUCAGCUCUGCAUGAGCCUGGGCAAGGAUACACUUCUCCGCAUUGACUUGGGCAAAGCAAAUGAACCCAACCACAUGGAGCUGGGGCGCAAGGAUGAUGCCAAAGUUCACAAGAUGUUCCUGGACCAUACUGGCUCUCAUCUGCUGAUUGCUCUGAGCAGUACUGAAGUCCUCUACGUGAACCGUAAUGGACAGAAGGUGCGCCCCCUGGCACGCUGGAAGGGGCAGCUGGUGGAGAGUGUGGGCUGGAACAAGGCCUUGGGCACGGAGACCAGCACAGGCCCCAUCCUGGUCGGCACUGCCCAAGGCCAGAUCUUCGAAGCAGAGAUCUCAGCCAGCGAGGGUGGGCUUUUUGGCCCCGCCCCGGAUCUCUACUUCCGUCCAUUGUACGUGCUAAAUGAAGAAGGGGGUCCAGCACCUGUGUGCUCCCUUGAGGCUGAGCGGGGCCCCGAAGGGCGUGGCUUUGUUAUCGCCACCACUCGGCAGCGCCUCUUCCAGUUCAUAGGCCGAGCUGCUGAGGGAGCUGAGGUCCAGGGCUUCUCAGGGCUCUUUGCUGCCUACACUGACCACCCACCCCCAUUCCGUGAGUUUCCCAGCAGUCUAGGCUACAGCGAGUUGGCCUUCUACACCCCCAAGUUGCGCUCUGCGCCCCGGGCCUUCGCCUGGAUGAUGGGGGAUGGCGUGCUGUACGGAUCGCUGGACUGCGGGCGUCCUGACUCCCUGCUGAGCGAGGAGCGGGUCUGGGAGUACCCAGACGGGGUAGGUCCUGGCGCCAGCCCACCCCUGGCCAUCGUCCUGACCCAGUUCCACUUCCUGCUGCUGCUGGCAGACCGGGUGGAGGCAGUGUGCACGCUGACAGGGCAGGUGGUGCUGCGGGACCACUUCCUGGAGAAGUUUGGGCCUCUGAAGCACAUGGUGAAGGACUCCUCCACGGGCCACCUGUGGGCCUACACCGAGCGGGCUGUCUUCCGCUACCACGUACAGCGGGAGGCCCGGGAUGUCUGGCGCACCUACCUGGACAUGAACCGCUUUGACCUGGCCAAAGAGUACUGUCGAGAGCGGCCUGACUGCCUGGACACCGUCCUGGCCCGUGAGGCUGACUUCUGCUUUCGCCAGCGUCGUUACCUGGAGAGCGCCCGCUGCUACGCCCUGACUCAGAGCUACUUUGAGGAGAUUGCCCUCAAGUUCCUGGAGGCCCGACAAGAGGAGGCUCUGGCCGAGUUCCUACAGCGAAAACUGGCCAGUUUGAAGCCAGCUGAGCGCACCCAGGCCACGCUGCUUACCACCUGGCUGAUGGAGCUCUAUCUGAGCCGGCUCGGGGCCCUGCAGGGGGACCCAGAGGCCCUGACCCUCUACCGGGAAACACGGGAGCGCUUCCGCGCCUUCCUCAGCAGCCCCCGCCACAAGGAGUGGCUCUUUGCCAGCCGGGCCUCCAUCCACGAGCUGCUCGCCAGCCAUGGGGACACGGAGCACAUGGUGUACUUUGCAGUGAUCAUGCAGGACUACGAGCGGGUGGUGGCAUACCACUGCCAGCACGAGGCCUAUGAGGAGGCCCUGGCCGUGCUCGCCCGCCACCGUGACCCCCAGCUCUUCUACAAGUUCUCGCCCAUCCUCAUCCGUCACAUCCCCCGCCAGUUGGUGGAUACCUGGAUUGAGCAGGGCAGCCGGCUGGAUGCCCGGCAGCUCAUCCCUGCCCUGGUGAACUACAGCCAGGGUGGUGAGGCCCAGCAGGUGAGCCAGGCCAUCCGCUACAUGGAGUUCUGCGUGAACGUGCUGGGCGAGACUGAGCAGGCCAUUCACAAUUACCUGCUGUCGCUGUAUGCCCGAGGCCAGCCAGCCUCGCUGCUGGCCUACCUCGAGCAGGCUGGGGCCAGCGCUCACCGGGUACAUUAUGACCUCAAGUAUGCACUGCGGCUCUGCGCUGAGCAUGGCCACCACCGCGCUUGUGUCCACGUCUACAAGGUCCUGGAGCUGUAUGAGGAGGCUGUGGACCUGGCCCUACAGGUGGACGUGGACCUGGCCAAGCAGUGUGCUGACUUGCCCGAGGAAGACGAGGAGCUGCGCAAGAAGCUGUGGCUGAAGAUUGCACGGCACGUGGUGCAGGAGGAGGAGGAUGUGCAGACAGCCAUGGCCUGCCUGGCCAGCUGCCCCCUGCUCAAGAUCGAGGACGUGCUGCCCUUCUUUCCUGACUUCGUCACCAUCGACCACUUCAAGGAGGCCAUCUGCAGCUCGCUUAAGGCCUACAACCACCACAUCCAAGAGCUGCAGCGGGAGAUGGAAGAGGCCACAGCCAGUGCCCAGCGCAUCCGGCGAGACCUGCAGGAGCUGCGCGGCCGCUAUGGCACUGUGGAGCCCCAGGACAAAUGUGCCACCUGCGACUUCCCCUUGCUCAAUCGCCCUUUUUACCUCUUCCUCUGUGGCCACAUGUUCCAUGCUGACUGCCUGCUGCAAGCCGUGCGGCCUGGCCUGCCAGCCUACAAGCAGGCCCGGCUUGAGGAGCUGCAGCGAAAGCUGGGGGCUGCUCCACCCCCUGCCAAGGGCUCUACCCGGGCCAAGGAGGCUGAGGGGGUCGCUGCUGCUGGGGGGCCCAGCAGGGAACAGCUCAAGGCUGACCUGGAUGAACUGGUGGCUGCUGAGUGUGUGUACUGUGGGGAGCUGAUGAUCCGCUCUAUUGACCGGCCCUUCAUCGACCCCCAGCGCUAUGAGGAGGAACACCUCAGUUGGCUGUAGGAAGGUGUCAGCCCUGAAAGGCGGGCAGGCAGGAGGGGCAAUCACUUGUCCCUUCUUGGGAAGGCCAUGGUGUUGUCUGUGCCUGGUCUCCUGGAGGCUGCUGGGCUGGGACUGUGGCGGGGAGAGUGGAAUUAUAGCUGUUGCCCAUGAGGUAUCAGCUCUGAGAACAUUCUGCCCGCUGCCCAUGUUGUUCUUCAGAGCUACCUUUGAGCUGCUGUUUUGCUGGGCUGUCAGCCUACUUUCCCAAUAGAGGGCCGUAGCCUGGAGAAGUCAGAAUUCUGACCCCAUUACCAUCCCUCCCACAUCUAACAGCUCUUAUUUCCUUUUCACUCCCCACACACAUCCUCUUCACCCUCUGGGGCACUACCAUUCUUCCUUUUCAUUCUGUGGCUCUGCUCCCUCAGAAGCCCUCUCUUCUGUCCGCCCCUAGGUCCCAGAAGUGAAAAGACAGUGCCCUCAAAUCCUGGGCAUGGGCUGGGAGGAAAGGUGGUGCUGAUGGUGGGCAUGCUCUUGUGCACACUGUCUGGGACUCCAGUGUGAGGGGUGCCCUGGGGCAGAGGGACUCAUGGAGGACAGUGGGAGAUGGUGUUGGGGUUAGAGAGCAUUAAACUGUCUGCGCUGCCGUGGUGA